GAGGCUCCGCGGUGGCCGGAGCGGGGCGCGGAGCGGCCGCGGGUGCGCACCAUGGGCUGGCGGCUGCUGCUGCUGGCCCUGGCGCUGGGCGGCCGCGUCGCCUCCGCGCAGAACGACACGGAGCCCAUCGUGCUGGAGGGCAAGUGCCUGGUGGUGUGCGACUCCAACCCGGCCCCCGACGCCAAGGGCUCGUCCUCCUCCUCGCCGCUGGGCAUCUCCGUGCGGGCCGCCAACUCCAAGGUGGCCUUCUCGGCCGUGCGGAGCACCAACCACGAGCCCUCCGAGAUGAGCAACAAGACGCGCAUCAUCUACUUCGACCAGAUCCUUGUAAACGUGGGCAAUUUUUUCACGUUGGAGUCUGUCUUUGUAUCACCACGGAAAGGAAUUUACAGUUUCAAUUUCCACGUAAUUAAAGUCUACCAGAGUCAAACAAUCCAGGUGAAUCUGAUGCUGAAUGGGAAGCCAGUGAUCUCUGCCUUCGCUGGGGACAAGGACGUCACCCGUGAGGCCGCCACCAACGGGGUCCUGCUCUACCUGGACAAGGAGGACAAGGUUUACCUGAAGCUGGAGAAAGGAAAUCUGGUUGGUGGGUGGCAGUACUCGACAUUCUCUGGCUUCCUGGUCUUCCCCCUGUAAAGUUGAUUUUCCCGUGGCGUUCAUCCCGGUGGGGACUCAUCCUUGUUCCGUGAAGAUCGUUUCUGUCAUCAUGGAGUGAUGGUUCUCUAUUGAUUUCUCAUGGGUGAUUUUGGAUUCUCUCCAUGGAUUCUGGCCCCAUCUGAACUACUCAGAAGUUCCACAGAAUUCUGUGUGUCCAAAUACGAUAUCUUUGGCCUGAGACUAAAGCAGACAAUAAAUACCAACGCUUAAGGUUUCAGCCUAGAGCUGCCUGCAAGAUUUAUUCCAAUUUCCCUUCCUGGAUUCGGGGAAGAAGUGGAUUUUCUUUAACUGUGAAAAGACUGGCACCAAGUCUUUCAUGUAGGAGGGUUUGAGUUCAGACUUCAAGCAAGAGUUAGUGUGUUGCUGCCAAAGAGCUGUGUAUUGAUAUAUUGGUCAUGUUUGUGUCCUGGGCUGCACUGCC